CCUUGCAAACCACCAACAGUCUACAGUGGAACCAUGAAGACGCUUGUUGUGGUUUUACUGCUGCUCUGCCGAAUUGUCCCGGGCCACUGUGACUGCCGAGGAGACUGUCUUACCUGUAGACACCUGCUGGACAAUGAACAUCACUUUAACACCAUGAUGUGUUUGAUCGAGUGUGAAAGCAGAAUAUCUCCAUCCACAACUUGGGACAGCUGCCGCCAGGCUGUUGCCCUCUUGCCAUUCUCCUCUGUGUCCAUAGGGGGCGACAUACUGAAGAGAGCCCAGGAGGAGGUAGAAGCCCUCCUUCCACCAGUGGAUGAGGAGGAGGAAGAGAGGGAGGAGCGCCAGGUGGCUGGGCUCGAUGCUGAGGGAGGCCUCCUGUCCGCCUUGACCUUACAAAGGUUUGACGACGCGUCCCUCGGAAUGAACCAGCUGAGCACCAUGGACAUCGACCACAACUCUUUAGAGGAGGGUGAGGGAGCCAGAGAGCAGGCUGAGGCAGGGCUCAGUGUCUCUAAGCGUUUCGGUGGCUUUCUGAAAGGGCGGCACGGCUACCGAAAGCUGGUCUCACCAGGAAGGUCCUACCAGAAGAGGUACGGCGGUUUCAUCGGCGUGCGUAAGUCGGCGCGCAAGUGGAACAACCAGAAGCGCUUCAGUGAGUUCCUAAAGCAGUACCUGAGCACCCGCGCUACUAACUACAACAGCGUGUCCGAAGAGCUGACCCAACAGAACGAGGUUUAGCAGCCUACUUCUCUUAAGACAUACAAGAAAAAGCAGCCACAGAUCUAAAUCAACACACCUUAUUUCAAUAUAUAAAUGUAAAUAUAAGACAUACCAUUAGCAGCUCUCCUGUGCUCCAAAAUAAAUUUAAAAAAAAUCGUAAAAAUUGGCAAGGCAUAAUUUUGUUUCUGGCUGUUUGUUUCUGAGUCCCAUUAAUUCAGCCAACAAUUUUGGUCAUGAUAAAUACUUUAACUGUUUCAUGAAAACUAGGAAGCAUCAUAAGCUGUAAACUCUUAAAUGGUCACUAAUUGUAUCAUAAUACAUGCUUUUUGUACGUUGUGAGUUAUAUUUUCAUAAACAGACGUACCUUCUAAAUAUCCCAAUCCCAGUGGUUCUGAGAUGUGGAAUGUGUGGGGGGAAAUGGUCAGAACCAUAGGUACAGCGUCAUGUCGUAUGCAUAUGUUGCUCUGCCAGUAAUAAAAGCCAUGUUGUGUUGAUAGAGGAGACUCUGGUUUGUCCUAAAUGACUACAGUCCUGUGUACAAACCUGUUUGUAUUCAGUUCAUCGUAGCUGUGGAACAGCAAGGCACUUCUGGUUUCUGCUAGAACUGUAAAUAUCUCCAUUUGAACUUGUCAAUAAAGAGAGUUUACUUUUCCUUUGUGACUUGUUAUGCAGCAAAUGAUUCUGUCCUGAUGUGUUUUAUUCAGAACUUUUAAAAAUGACACACAAACUAUGGCCUA